UCCCAGGAGAAGGAUCUGGGUGGUAACACCCUCUGCCUUCUUUAUCAGUAUAGAAGCCGGGCUCCCUCCAGCCCCAGCUUAGAAUACACUAACUCUAUGGUCAAAUUAGCCUAGAAGCUAUCAGCGUGAGCAUCUCUUUAGGGAGAAGCGUGCAGCUGCGCAUGCUCAGCGAGGGACGCAGGAAACAUGGCGGAACCUGAGCCGAGAAGAAAGAUCCCUUUGGUUCCAGAGAACCUCCUGAAGAAGAGGAAAGCUUACCAAGCACUCAAAGCAACUCAGGCUAAGCAAGCACUUUUGGAAAAGAGGAAGCAAAAGAAAGGGAGCCAGCUCAAAUUCAGGCGGCUGGAAUCAUUCGUCCAUGAGUCCCAUCGGAUCGUCCGUGAUAUAGCUCGUCUCAGACGCCUGGAUUCAAAGCCUGGGUGCUAUGUGCUGAAGGAUUCGCAUCGUCUGGCCUUUGUGGUCCGUAUGGAGAGGAUUAAUGGAGUGAGUAACCAGGUGACAAAGACUAUAGAGGAACUUCGUCUGAAGAAAAUUUAUAGCGGCGUGUUUGUUAAAAUGACCCCUGAUUCCUUAAAGAAACUGCGAAUUAUAGAGCCUUAUGUAGCUUGGGGAUAUCCUAACCUAAAAUCUGUCCGUGAGCUCAUUCUGAAACGAGGACAAGCCAGGAUAAAUAAUAAGAAAGUCUCUCUAACAGAUAAUACUCUGAUUGAGGAGCGUCUAGGGAAGUUCGGUAUCAUUUGCCUGGAAGAUGUCAUCCAUGAAAUCUGCUCAGUGGGGGAACAUUUUUCUCAGGUCUCGAGGUUCCUGUGUCCUUUCCCCCUGUCUGUGGCCCGCCAUGCUGCCAAGAAUAGAGUGGGCUUUCUUAAGGAAAUGGGCAAACCUGGCUACCGAGGUGAAAGCAUUAAUCAGAUCAUUCGGCAGCUGAACUAGGCCCAGGAUCUCAGAAGAUUUACAUCUUUUCUGAGUUGGUACCCAGUAUCUUCAAAGAAGAUUUCUUUUCUGCUGGAACUUUCUCUGGAAACUAAUGAGAUAGGAAGAAAAGAGGAUCACCUAUGUAGAAGGAACUUUUCUUCCUUACUUUUCUUCAAGGAAGAAACCAUAUUGGUUUAUCCAGCCAGCUUCAUCUUGGAUUAAAGUCUCAUGUCCAUCGAAGAGGAGUGGCUAUACUUCCUAUUUCGGGAUUGGAAGCUAGAUUCAACCCAUUCCAGUUUUUUCGUGGUGGCCUCCCAUCCAGAGAGCAAUCAGUUGUUAGCCAUAUGUGGUUCUCUACUCCGAGAGUUGAAUGUUGUAAAAUAUACUUUGUCACUCUGCUCUUCACUUGGAACAAGACAGUGGGACCUGAUCUGGGUUUUGAAGUGACAUUCAAAUAUGAUGGGCCAUCAUCUCUGGGACUGUGUUUUUAAUGAUACUUAUAUGACUCAGCCUAGCAACUAUGUUAGUGGGCUUCCCAUGCUUCGGCACCACUCUCAUGCCACCACUGUACACCAGGUCCCAUUCUUUCUUGCCAUUAAAGUAGAGAUAUUGACUGUAA